AUUCCUUGUGCCCCACUGACCACGUCUUUAUAAGAAUCUAGAUGCUGAGCUACUUCAUCAUAUCCGAGUCACAAACGAACACACACACUGACACACCCCUAACAGCGACAGAAAUGGCUCACUCCUAUCUCCUGCUCCUCCUCUUCCUGCUAGUGUUCCUCGCCUCCACCUCCAGCUCGCGAUCCAUGGCGCAGGCCACCGAUCAAGAGACACUCCUAACAAUCAAGAAAGACUGGGGCAGCCCAUCGGCACUCAGCUCAUGGAAUUCCCAGAACGCUUCUUCCUACUGCAGCUGGGUAGGCGUCAGCUGCAGCAACAAUGGCCAAGUGACCAAGCUGUCCUUCCUGAAUCUCAACAUAACCAAUCCGAUCCCAGCUUCCAUUUGCACCCUCAAGAGCCUGUCGUACCUAGACCUUUCCUACAACAAUCUCACCGGCCAGUUCCCGGCGGCGCUCUAUAGCUGCUCGGGUUUGCACUACCUCGACCUGUCCAACAAUCACUUCUCCGGCGCCCUCCCGGCUGACAUCGACAAAUUGUCGCCGGAGAUGGAGCACCUCAACCUGUCGACCAAUGGCUUCACCGGCAGCGUGCCGUCGGCGAUCGCCGCAUUCCCCAAGCUCAAGUCCCUCCUCCUUGACACAAACAGUUUCAACGGGACUUACCCGAGCUCGGCCAUUGCAAAGCUCAGCGAGCUCGAGACGCUGACUCUGGCAACUAACCCCUUCGCGCCAGGUCCUAUCCCUCACGAGUUCGCCAGCUUGAAGAAGCUGAAGAUGCUCUGGAUGUCAGAAAUGAACCUGACCGGCGUCAUCCCCGACGAGCUCUCGUCGCUCACUGAGCUGACGACGUUGGCUCUGUACUACAACAAGCUUGACGGUGAAAUCCCGUCAUGGGUUUGGAAGCUUCAGAAGCUUGAGAUACUGUACCUUUACGCGAACAGCUUCACCGGUGGGAUCGGGCCCGAGGUCACCGCCUUCAGCUUGCAGCAGCUCGACCUGUCGGCGAACUGGCUCACCGGACCGAUACCAGAGGCCGUCGGCGAGAUGAAGAACUUGACAGUGCUCUACUUGUACUACAACAACCUCACCGGGCCGAUCCCUGCGAGCAUCGGGCUGCUCCCGAACCUCGUGGACAUCCGGCUGUUCAACAACAGGCUCUCCGGCCCCCUCCCGCCGGAGCUCGGGAAGCACUCGCCGCUCGGCAACCUUGAAGUCAGCGUCAACUUCCUCAACGGCACGGUCCCGGACACCCUCUGCCUCAACAAGAAGCUCUACGACAUCGUGCUGUUCAACAAUGAGUUCUCCGGCGAGCUCCCGGCGGCCCUGGCGGCGUGCGACACGCUGGACAACAUCAUGCUGCAGAACAACCACCUCGCCGGCGAGUUCCCGGAGGAGGUGUGGUCGGCGUUCCCCGAGCUGACCACCGUCAUGAUACAGAACAACAGCUUCACCGGCACACUGCCCAGCGUGAUAUCCUCCAACAUCACACGGAUCCAGAUGGGGAACAACCGAUUCUCCGGCGUCCUGCCGUCCUCGGCACCGGGGCUCAAGAGCUUCAUGGCGGAGAACAACCGGUUCUCCAUUGUACCUGCGAACAUGACAAAGCUCACCAACCUCACUGAUCUCAACCUUGCUGGGAACCAUAUUAGUGGAUCCAUACCAACGUCCAUCGGAGCACUUGAGAGGCUCAAUUACCUCAAUCUCAGCAGCAACCAGAUAACAGGAGCGAUCCCGGCAGGAAUCGGGUUGCUCCCGGCGCUCAUCGUCCUCGAUCUCUCCAACAACCAGCUCACCGGUGGCAUCCCGGAGGACUUCAACAACAAUAACAACCAUUUCUCCUUCCUGAAUCUCUCGUCUAAUCAGCUCGCCGGAGAGGUACCAACCUCGCUGCAGGUCCCGGCGUACAACGGCAGCUUCCUUAACAACCCUGGCUUGUGCGUCGACUCAAACUCCGGCUUACCCUUACGCUCGUGCUCUGAAGGCGGAGGCCAUAAUUCUAGGAGAAAGAUUGUGAUCUCAGUUGCCAUCUCGAGCUUUGCUCUCUUUGGCUUCGUUGCCGCUGGUUUUGGGUGGAUCAUAUACUGGCGCAAGAAAGACCGGCAGGAUGUUACAUCGUGGAAGAUGACACCAUUCAGAGCUCUGAGUUUUACCGAGCAAGACAUACUCAGCAACAUCCGGGAGGAGAAUUUGAUCGGGAGAGGUGGGUCAGGAAAGGUCUACCGCAUCCAUCUGGGCAGCCAGAAAUCAGCAGCGAAAGGCGGCAGCGACGAGGCCGGUGGCGGUGGCAACUCGUCGACGGUGGCCGUGAAGAAGAUCGGGAACGCCGGGAAGGCGGACGCCAACCUCGACAAGGAGUUCGAGGCCGAGGUGGCGUCGCUGGGCGGCCUCCGGCACGGCAACAUCGUCGACCUGCUGUGCUGCAUCUCCGGCGACGACGCGAAGCUGCUCGUCUACGAGUACAUGGAGAACGGCAGCCUGGACCGGUGGCUCCACCGGCGCCGCAAGCGCGGGCCACAGCUGGGCUGGCCGACCAGGCUGCGCAUCGCCGUCGACGUCGCCAGGGGCCUCAGCUACAUGCACCACGGCUUCACGAGGCCGAUCAUCCACCGCGACGUCAAGUGCAGCAACAUCUUGCUCGACCACGGGUUUGGAGCCAAGAUCGCCGACUUCGGGCUCGCCCGGAUCCUCGCCAGGGCCGGCGAGUCCGAGCCGGCAUCGGGCAUCUGCGGGACAUUCGGAUACAUUGCUCCAGAGUACGUGAGCAGGGCCAAGGUGAGCGAGAAGGUGGACGUGUACAGCUUCGGCGUCGUGCUGCUGGAGCUCGCCACCGGGCGGGGGGCGCAGGACGGCGGCACGGAGUCCGGCAGCUGCCUGGCGAAGUGGGCGUCGAAGCGGUACAAGAGCGGCGAGCCGGGCGCGGGGGACCUGGUCGACGGUGAGAUCCAGGACCCGGCCUGCCUCGACGACAUGGUGGCCGUGUUGGAGCUCGGGGUGGCCUGCACCGGCGAGGACCCGUCGUCGAGGCCGCCGAUGAGCGAGGUCCUCCGUCGGCUCCUCCAGUGUGGCCGGAGCCAGAUGGCCGUUGACGUUGACGACGACUACUCUGCCAAAGACGUGUGCGGCGUUGAUUCUUUGGAGAAUAUGGUAUGACGUGGGGCUAGGUACAGUAGCAGUCUUGCCUAAAAAAAAAAAAGAGGGUACAGUAGCAGUCAGGCGCUUCCCAUGGUGAUCACGGUGAGUAAUAGCAAAUCACAGUGAAACAUUGCUUGAAACAAACACAUGACAAAAUUAUCCUGAUGAUAUUUGGAAA